AUGGCAGAGGAAUUGGCAGAAGGGUGCCACCAAGUCAUGAUGAUUAUUCGGAAGGCCAGUACAGACGCAACAAGCCAAACGCAUUGCUGUUUUGGACUAUCUGGAAUGAAAGCACUGACGGAUAUGGACCAGCUGCACCUCUCCAUUCUCAGCUGGAUCACCUAUUUUGGAUUGUCUCUAUCCUUGCUGUGCCUCCUGGUGUCAAUUGUGACCUUCUUCGGCUGCCAGGCCAUUCAAAACAUCAAUACCACCAUCAAGGCACACUUGUGUCUGAGUCUCUUCCUGGCAGAACUGCUAUUCCUGGUAGCAAGCUCCAUCGACACACGCACGGUGAAUUUCAUUCUGUUGUCACUAUCACUCUGGAUCCUGAGAGAGAAGAUUUCCAGUCUGAAUGCGGAUGUUUCAACUAUUAAGGAAUCCAGGGUACUCACGUUCAAAGCAAUGGCCCAGUUUAUUCUGCUCGGCUGUUUCUGGGUCUUCGGCUUGUUUCAGUUUAAGGAGGGGACCAUUGGUAUGACCUACCUGUUCACCAUAUUAAAUGUUCUCCAGGGCAUAUUCAUUUUCUGCGUUUACUGCUUGCUAAACAAACAGAUAAGGAGAGAAUACCACAAGUUGUUAAAGAGAAUUUACAGCCCACAGAAACAAGAAAUGCCACAAUCAAGCUCUUAUACCAUGAAUACAUCCAAUGUCAUGAUACUUAACACGGUGAAUGAACCUGUAACUAAGUCAGAGAUCUUCUGGAUGAACUCACAGACAGAGGAAAAUGCCCAAGAAUCACUGAAAUCCACUGUACAGCUCCAACUGGGUUAAAAAAUCAUGCAAAUCCGCCAGAAUCCUUCAGCAUUAACCUUUCUUGGCUUUGAGCUACCUUUUACCAUCUCUGACUAACAGAUCACUUGCAAAUCAUACUCAUGGAAAGUUGCCCUGUACGUCUCAGCAACUAUGCAUUUAUGUAGCGCCAGCCAGAUAGUUAACCUUCCCAGGCUGAUUCACAGAAGUGUUAUCAAACCAAAUUUUCACCAUUGAAGAGUCUUUUGACACUGAUGAGCAAAUUCUUGGUCAAAGAG